AUGGCGUACAGAGAUGAGAUAGAUGAUGCUUUUGAUGCAGCAGUUUUCCUCGAGGAAAGGUACCUUUUUACUCUUUUGAUACAAUAAUUUUGGAAUUUUCUUAAUCCCUUAAAAUUUCAUCUUUCAGAUUUUACGAAAAAGGCUACCAAGAAGGCUUUCACGAUGGAAAAAUCAAAGGUCUUCAAGAUGGAAGACAGCUGGGUUUAUUGAAAGGGUGUGAAAUUGGCGGCGAGGUUUGUGCUGGGAGUCAUAAUAAAUCAGCUGAUAGUCCUGAAAUUCCAUAAGGAAAAGAAUACUCAUUUAGAACUCUGUGUUUUCACUGUCACGCCAUCAAAAAUAAAAAUGCUAACCAGUCGAUGUAGAAAGCCCAGAAUUUGGGAAAUGAAAGAAGAUAUAUAAAUAUUCAAAAAGGUUCGCCAAACAUCAGGUCUUUACGAUAAUUCAUAUGCGAGAUAUUCGGAAAAAAGUUUUACCCAAAUUUAUAAGGCUUUGUAUGAAGAGGCCAUGUUGGUGUCCCUUUGAGCUUAUUUGAGGGGCACAAAUAUGGCCGCCGCAAAGCAACAGAAACAUCUGUUUUUGAGUUUUACUUAUGCGUGAAUUCCCGGGGGGGGAUACUUCCUUAUAAGAGCUCAGUGGGGACGUGUGGCCAUCUUGGGUUUGUUUUUCGGGAUUUUUGUCUCAAACAGGGUAUCGAUUUUAUCAUUUUUUCUUUAUCGGGGUAUCGAUUUCAUAAAUUUUUGUCUGAAACAGGGUAUCUUUUCUUGGACGAUAACCAGCCUGUGCGUAUGUUCUAAGAACUAAACUACAGCAAAAUUUUUAUUUAUUAGUGUCUUUCACAGGGUAUGCUUUCGGGUUAAAUGUCUUAAACAGGGUAUCAAAAAUCGGAAUCCUGUCUUAAACAGGGUAGGAAAAUCAGCGAUUUUUGUCUUAAACAGGAUCAGGGUAUGAGGGGCCAGUCCACACCUUCCCACCCAAGGAUGUAUCGAGUACGGGGGGGGGGGGGGGGGUGAAUUCAUUGCUUGCAGAACUCAUAAAGAUUAAAGUAAUAUUUAUUCUAACACAAGGAAUGUUUAGCUAGCAAAAUCUCAGAAAAUCAGUAACGUUUUUAACCCACCUGUGAGCUUUCCUAGCCACCAGCUAAAUGCUGCAUCACGUAAAAGCCUGGAAAUUCAAGCGAAAUGAAGAACCCUUUGGAACCGAAAUUUUGUGCAAUAAAGGUUUUUAGGUGCUGUUAUACUUCAUGAGAGUAGAAACUCGGAAGAAUCCAUUGUUUCUUAGUUUGAAUUUUGGUGACUUCAUGUGAAAACUCCUAACAGGUACACCAAGGUAAAUCUAAGAAGAUGAUUGAAGCUGGUAGUGUGAAAGUUGAUAAACAGCAGUUCUGGGACGUUCCAAAUAGAAAACCAGUCGUUUUGAUACAAAUUCGAGCAUUUCAAGUAUAGUUUGUGAGUGAACAAGAAAAACAUUUUGGGUGAAUAUCUUCGUUAUUUAAGCCAAGUACGUGGAACUAUUUACACCUCUAAUGAAUAAACUUGUUACGAAACAACUUGUAUUGAAACAACUCUGUAUCGAAACGACCAGUAAGUCCAGUAACCUGCAAACACAGCUGCAUGAACCGGAACCUCUUGAUCCAGAGUCAGCACACUGAUCCUUACACCACCUUGCCUCGGGCCACUCAAGUUGCUUCUUUGUGUUAAAUACAGUAUUUAAUGUGUUGCUUAAAUAUGUUGCAGGUUGGAUUUUAUCUUGGGUUUGUUUCAUUGUGGCUUGAAAUUCAGCUUGAAAGUCCUGAUGCAAAGCCAAGGUACUGCUUUCAGUGGUAAUUGACCAGUAGAUAUAUUGAAGGUCCUCUAGAUUCCCACCCAAAAAAAACUUCUCUUGCUGGUCAGGCAAGAGUCUUGCACAUUUGAAAAUACCACUGUUUUAAUCUAUAUUUUCACAAAUAUAUUUUUAUGUCCUGUUGCCUGAUUUUUGAGAGACUGUCAUCAAUGUAUACCAUUGAGACUUCAUUGCGGUUUUCCCUCAGGUGUGUCAAAUUGUUAGAGACCGUUAAGGACAUGCUUCUGAGCUUUCCUAUCAAUGAUCCCACAAAUGAAGAAAUGUUUGCUAAGCUUGAGAAAAUUCGGGCCAAGUUUAGACAGGUAACAUAUGUACAUUGCACUGUCAAGUCUUGUCUUUUCUCAAAUAAAUGCAUACAUAUGCAUGUGCACAGGAAAAAAUAACAGAUUCUCAUUGUUGGAUAUUUUAGGGUAUUUAAAGAAUACCCAUAAAAAUCCCAAAUUUGGCAAAGUGAGACAAGUCCCAACCAGGGAAGUCCCAACCAAGUUCCCUGAUCGGGACUUGUUUCACUCUUCCAAAUUUGGGAUUUUUGUGGGCAUUCUUGAAAUACCCUAAAAAUGGGAAUCUGUUAUUUUUUUCCUGUGGUGGAUAGGAUGGUAUUUCAAAGAAACAAUUCUCUUGGGUAACAUCACACGGUCUGAAAUGGGAAAGCAAAACUAAGACACUUGUAAGAGACUGCAAUAAGCUGUUACAAGAGAGAAAUACACACACUUUAAUGAUAACCAAGUAACUUAUUUAACUGCCCAAAUAUCGAGCCAUGGGUGCUGGAAUGUAAGACACGCUGUAUUGUGAAGUAUUUUGUAGCAGCUAGCUUUGAUUCAAUAAGAAAUAUAUCAAUAAGUUUAUUGUCAUUGACUAAUAAUAUUGCUGAAAUUUCUAUUGCAUCAGGUAUGCUCAUUGCUUGGAGUAAGUGUUGAGUAUCAUGGUGGUGGAAAUGUGUCAGGAAUGUCUUUUUGA